AUGUCUCGUUUUUGUGAGUGUCCUAAGCGACUCGAAAAGGGCUUUGUUUUGGAUGGGGUUGCUGUGAGCACAAUGGCCCAGGCCUACAGCCUCUCGAGGCCCAAGGUGUGGUCCGCGAUUCCACCCUACAACCCACAGCAGGACUACCACACUCGCCGGUACUUCCGGAGCCACGUGGUUCCGCCCAUAUUGCGGAAAACUGAUCAGGAUCGUGGCGGUACAGGAAGGGAUGGCUGGAUAGUGGAUUAUUUCCACAUUUUCGGUCAAGGACAGAGAUAUCUGAACAGGAGAAACUGGGGAGGGGCAGGGCAUUCCCUCCAGCAGGUGAGUGGACAUGACUACCACAAUGCCAACCUGAAGCCCAUAACGACGGGCUUAAACGGUCGAUUCGGCUACCGCAGGAACACUCCAGCCCUCCGUCAGCGCACGUCAGUGUUUGGAGAAGUCACUCCAUUCCCCGUCUUCUGA